GACAGAAAGAGAGAUACUGCAUCUUUUUGUGCUCCCCCGGACUGGAAGGAGAACAAGUUGAGAGUAAAGUCAGGAACAGAUUGGACAGAAAGAGACAGAAAGAGAUUUAGUCCUGGGUUUUAGUUUGGGACUUUGUGUGGAGAUGAAGCUUCUCCUCAGAGCCCUGAGUGCUCUGCUCUGCUGCUCGCUGUCCUCCUCACAAACACUGGAUCCUGCUGGAAGGAACGUCUGCCACAAUAUCAGGGACCCCUCCACCCUGGUCUGUUGCACUGGAUGGCGUCAAGAGGGAAAAGAGUGUACCAUACCUGUGUGUGAGGGUCAGCAGGCCUGCCUGAAGGAAGAGCUCUGUGUGUAUCCUGGAGUGUGUCGCUGCCCACCUGGCUACUACGGAGCUCACUGUAAAACACGCUGUCCUCCUGAGUUCUGGGCUUCAGACUGUCGUCAGGUGUGUCCGUGCUUCCCGCACGGCCGCUGUCACCCUGUCACCGGUGAGUGCACCUGCAACGCCAACCGCUGGGGUCCGUUGUGCCAGAACGCCUGCAAGUGCACCCGGCACGGCCACUGCCACCCCGUCUAUGGAAACUGCACCUGCGACGAGGGCUGGUGGACGCCAAACUGCAUCAAGCCGUGUCAGUGCGUCAGCGCAGGGUCCGUGGGCCCCGGCUGCGACCAGGCAACGGGCCGGUGUCAGUGCCUCAGGGGCAACUGGGGGCUGAAAUGCCCCGUCUCUUGCAACUGCUACCUGUCGCAGUGUAAUCAGCGUACUGGAGUGUGUGAGUGUGAGGCGGGCUGGUGGGGACCCAGCUGUGACCGCCGGUGUAACUGUGACCUCACACACAGCAGCUGUAACCCGGCCAACGGGCAGUGCUUGUGCCACCCGGGUUACCAGGGUAACUACUGCAACCAGCCCUGUGAAGGAGGGCAGUAUGGCAGCGGCUGUACAAUGAGUUGUGGCUAUUGUAAAGACAACCAGGUCUGCUCAGACACUGAUGGUGCCUGUAAAGCCUGUGAACCGGGCUGGAACGGUACAAGAUGUGACCGCCCGUGCCCGGCUGGUUCCUAUGGUGACGGCUGCAAGGAGAAGUGUCCACGCUGCAGAAACAACGAACCCUGUGACCCAAAAACUGGCAAAUGUUGGAGGUGUGACCCUGGAUGGACUGGACCCAGGUGUGAGGAGGCCUGCUCUAACAGGACGUUUGGAGAAGCCUGCAGCUUCCUGUGUGGCCCUUGUUUCCAUGGUGACUGCCAUCACGUGACAGGAAGAUGUGUCUGUCAGCCAGGCUUUCAGGGAGAGAGCUGUAACAGCAGCUGCCCCGCCCUGCAGUUUGGCCUCAACUGUUCCUCCGUCUGCGACUGUGGUGAGGGGAACGGCUGUGAUCCUGUCACUGGUGUCUGCCCCAACAGUGGCAGAGCUGCUCUACUAGCAGGUUUGCUGGUUCCUUUGCUCCUGUUGCUCCUCGCUGUGCUCUGCUGCUGUUUGUGUUGUGGAGGAGGUCCUGUUAAUGGCAAAGACAGGGCGAUUGUGGCUGAUGGAGGCUGGUCAGUUCGGAUGAAAUAUCACAUCUACAGCGUCCUGGCCAACAUCGGAGCUGCCCUGCCCUGUGUCUCUGGUUGGUCCUCUGGCCUGCCUCGUGUCACGGUGUCUCACCAUGACCCGGAGCUGACGUUCAACCACAGCUUCAUUGAGCCUCCGUCCUCCGGCUGGGUGACUGAGGGGUCGUCCUUCGACAGUGAUGAGGAGGAGGGAGAGGCACUCUACUGUGUCCCUCCUAGAGAAGACAUCCCUGCAGUUGCGGGUGGCGAGUUUCAAGAGAUGAGCUCAAAGUGCAACAUGUUCUUAGACCCGUCUGGCUUCAGCAGCGAGGACAUCACCUCGCCCUUCAACAUCCCUCGCACCUCCAGCAUCGCCAAGUCCAAGCGGCCGUCCGUUUCUUUUGCAGAGGGCACCCGCUUCAGCCCCAAGGAGAGGCGUGGCUCGGCUCAAGACCCCAACGCUCCACCUGGAAACCAGCGCAACAAAUCCAAGUCACCUUGGGGGGUUUUGAUGCUCUCUGCCCUCCAAAGUCAGGGAAAUGCAGCGAGAACUGGGGACGAAGAUGGAGCUGAGGGCGAGGAGGGGGAUGAGGAAGAGGAUGUGCAGGCGACUGACAAUCAGGAGUCCAGCUGUGAGGCAGGGGACCAGGAUGUAGACAGGACCCCUUCCCGGGCCACCCUGCAGGUCCCUGGAGCAUCAGGACGAAGGAGGACUAUGUCCAACACAGCUGCUCAUAAACAGAACCAGCUGCCAACUUCUGGCUCUGAUGCUCAGAUGUUAAAUAAGGUCACCACAGUGUAUGUGACGGUGGGUAAGGCGGGUAAGCCUGUGACGAAGACGGAGACGAGCUCUGAAGGCCCCGUUCAGGCCAUGCUGCGGCGACUCGGCAGCCUCCAGAGACAGAAGGAGCAGGAGUCCAGCAGGCCUAACAAGCCUAAAGGAGCUGAAGGGAUUACAAAACCGCCCAGGAGGAAGCUCGGAGCUCGGGCGAGUGUUUGGGAGCAGGGCGGGCCGCCAGCAGGGGAGGUUGGCAUUUGUAAGCCAAUCAGGAGAAAGCACGCUGCUCCCGACACAGCCGCUGCUAAUAAUGACACACAACCAUCGGAGAGCGGCGCUCCAAAAAGGCCUCUGUCGUCCAUUCUGAGGAGCGUGCCGGAAGUGGCUUCAGCAGACUCAGGGUCAGAUCUGAAGGUCCCGGAUGGUGACGCCAGUCCACAAUUAACUGAGAGCACCUACCUUACUGUGGGACCAGCAGGAGACGCUGUGAGUCUCACUGAGGUCAUUGCCAAUGCAGGCGCAGUGAUCAGCGUGAGUGAUGAACCCUGCUAUGAAAAUAUCACGAUUAAACACGCAUAACCUCUGAGAAACAGCACGUCAGCGGGUCUGAUUCAAACACAACUGCAUAUUUAUUUCUCUGCAGUUAUAAUGUUAGAGGCACAAAAGGAAAACUUUUGAAUUAUGAUGUCAAUUGUUACAGCUUGCAUUUUAAUAUGUACGAAGCAUUUGUGAUUAAAAAUACUUCAUUUUAAGCCUAUGGCUAUGUCAGACUGAAGAUAGAAAAAGUGUAAGAGAUUUAAAAUGAAGAUAAAUUAACCCUUUAUCAGGCAAAUAACUAUAUUUGGUAAGUUCAGGUAAUAUUUCGAGAAAAAAGUUGCAAAUUUACUAGGAAAAAAGUUGCAAAUUUACUAGAAAAAAAGUUGCAGAUUUAAGAGAUUUAAAGUGGCAAAUCUGCGCGAAAAAAGUUGCAGAUUUACGAGAAAAAAGCAACUUUUUUCUCCCAGAUUCACCACUUUAACCCUUAAUAGGGCACUCAUUGAAAUACUUGCAAAUUCCAAAUUUAAAAAUAUUGGAGGAUAUUACAUACUGCCAGAAUGUGUAAAAAAAAAACAUACGAAAAUAAUAUUUUGAGAAAAAAGUUAACGAGAUUAAAGUGGC